AUGCAGAUCUUCGUCAAAACCCUUACCGGCAAGACCAUCACGCUCGAAGUCGAAUCGAGCGACACCAUCGACAAUGUCAAAGCCAAGAUUCAGGACAAGGAAGGGAUCCCGCCGGACCAGCAGAGAUUGAUCUUCGCCGGAAAGCAGCUCGAAGAUGGCCGGACCCUUGCUGAUUACAACAUCCAGAAAGGUAUUGUGUUACUCCUAUUUUUUAAUGAUUUGCUUUCUUCAUCGACUUUGCAUCUGGUUCUGAGGCUCAGGGGUGGCAUCAUUGAGCCCUCUCUCAUGGCUUUAGCUAGGAAAUUCAAUCAGGAGAAGAUGAUUUGCCGCAAAUGUUAUGCUCGUCUGCACCCUCGUGCUGUCAACUGCAGGAAGAAGAAGUGUGGACACACCAACCAGCUGAGGCCUAAGAAGAAAAUCAAGUAG